UGUUUCUGACUCUCUGUACCUGGCAGCCGCCGUAAUCUAACAGCUUUUACCGGUUUCCAUGGAUAUCGAGCGGCUUCAGAUUCCUAAAGCUCUCCCUCUGUCCCCUCACUUCUCUCCGCCUGCAGCUGUUAUUGGCAGCUGCAUUAUUCCACCCUGCUGAGUUAUCGGUAUUCCUCUGCUGCUGCACCUCGAUGCAUUGUGUGAGUAAUUGUUAUUGACUCUUUGUUGUUGUUGUUGUUGUUGGGCCCCUCCUCUCCGGGUGAGGAUGUUCUCGUCCUCGUCCAGAAGCUCUCUGUUCUCGCCCUGGUCGUCCAUGGAGCAGUCGGACAGCGAGGCGCUGGACAUCAGCACCAAGGUGCAGCUGCACGGCGUGCUGUGGAAGAGACCCUUCGGACGGCCGUCUGCAAAGUGGUCCCGCAGAUUCUUCAUCAUCAAAGACAGCUUCCUGCUGUACUACGCAGAGAGUGAGAAGAAGAGCUUUGAGAGCAACAGGAUCUUCAACAUCCACCCCAAGGGAGUGAUUCCUCUCGGAGGAUGUGUGGUUUCUGCUAAUGACAACAUGGGGAUGCCCUUCGCCAUCGUCAUCAACCUGGAGGACUUCUCAGGAACCAUCGUGCUGGCGGCUGAGUCGGUGGGGGAGCAGCUGCAGUGGAUGGAGAUGCUGCAGGACUCUGGCAAAGUCACGUGGAAGAACUGUCAGCUGGGCGAGGCGAUGAUCGAGAGUCUGGAGGCUCAGGGGCUGCAGCUGGCCAAGGAGAAGCAGGAGUAUCUGGACAAACUGAUGGAGGAGACAGAAGAGCUGAGUCACCAGAGAGCUCAGAGAGAGGGAGAGGCAGGACCCAGAGCCCAAAAUCCAGCAGCUUAUACCAUCCUCACAGCGAAGGGAGAAUAA